UGUGUGUGUGUGUGUGUGUGUGUGUGUGUGGGUCGGGGUCAUUAAUAACUAAUUAGAGGCUGAGAGCCACUCCGGCUGCUAUAAGUGGAGCUGCUCCGGAGGGAGCGCAUCAGUCCGUCGCUCUCAGACCCUGCGCCACAGCACUCAUCAGCACUCAUGGGUUCGGUUCUGGCGCUGAAGGCCAGGUUCAGGUCUCAGCUGUGUGAGAUCAUCACCUCUGAUAUCCUGCACAGUUUUCUGUACGGUCGAUGGAGGAACGUGCUGGGAGAGAAUCCGUGCGAGGAGCAGCAGAGGACCGCGUUCACCGCCGAGGCUCUGGCGCAGUCCUUCACUGGAGAGGUGCAGAAGCUGUCCAGUCUGGUGCUGCCCAGCGAGGUCAUCAUCGCUCAGAGCUCCGUCCCUGGAGAAGGUCUGGGGAUUUUCUCCAAGACCUGGAUCAAAGCCGGGACUGAGAUGGGGCCGUUCUCCGGGAGGCUCGUGUCCCCUGAGCACGUGGACCUGAGGAAGAACAAUAACCUCAUGUGGGAGGUGUUUAACGAGGAUGGCACAGUGCACUGCUUCAUCGAUGCCAGUCAGGAGGAUCAGCGCAGCUGGAUGACCUACAUCAAGUGUGCCCGCAACGAGCAGGAGCAGAACCUGGAGGUGCUUCAGAUGGGCAGCAGCAUCUUCUACAGAGCUCUGGAGACUAUUCCUCCGGAUCAGGAGCUGCUGGUUUGGUAUGGGAAUUCUCACAACACUUUCCUGGGAAUUCCUGGCGUUCCGGGGACAGAGGAGGAGCAGCAGAAGAAGAGGAGCGCAGACGACCCUCAGGUGUGUGACGCCGCAUCUUCCUCGCUGUCCUCCUCUUCCUCCUCGUGUCGCAUGCGCUGCGUCAUCUGUCACCGUGGCUUUAACUCCCGCAGUAACCUGCGCUCGCACAUGCGCAUCCACACCCUGGACAAGCCCUUCGUGUGCCGCUUCUGCAGCCGCCGCUUCAGCCAGUCCUCCACGCUGCGCAACCACGUGCGUCUGCACACCGGCGAGCGCCCGUACAAGUGCACCGUCUGCCAGAGCGCGUACUCGCAGCUGGCCGGCCUGCGCGCGCAUCAGAAGAGUGCGCGACACAGACCCAGCGGAUCGAACCCGGAGCCUCCGCCCGCUCCCCAUCCUGCACUGCUGCACCACGUCCCCACCCUGGUGCUCUGAGACGCAGACGGACCGAGUGCAGGAACAGACACUUUAAUCAGCACAAACCUGCGUCUGGAUCUGUGAGAGGAACCACAGACUGGAGGAGGAGGAGGAUGAAGAUGUUUUGUGAGAGUGAAUGAACGAUCACUGGAUGCAGAUCACAAAUCAAACAUGGCACAAAGCACACAAGCAGGUAAAGAGCAAGUUGAACUCAAGAAGUCAGUGUGGUCUCUGAAUGGAAAUGUCUUGCAUUAGCAACACUUCAAAGUUUAAUAAUAGAUAUUUAAUACUUUUUAAUAACCUUUACUGUAUCUGACCACACUGCAAAAGCUGCAUU